AUGGCAAGUACUCCGCUUCUCCUCUUCCGCCACAUGUCCACCAAGACCAAACCCAAGAAACAAGAACGCUACUCUAUCUACCUUGAUGACCCUUCAAAAACACAACUUGAAGAUCCCCCCCUCGUUAAAGAAGUCAAGUUUCCCUUGAACACCACUACUGGGAUCCACUUUAGAGUUGUGGGUUACUGUAAUGGUCUGUUUUGCCUCUCUGAUGAUCUCUUCGGUUAUACAGAUACUAUCAUUCUCUGGAACCCCACCAUCCGCAAAACCCUCUCCCUCCCCAAACCUUGUAUUGUUAUCUCUUCCCCUAAAAUGUACUUUUGCCUUGGUUUUGGUUUUGAUCUGAAAACUCAAGAUUUUAAGGUGGGCAGGAUAGCCUAUCUGCAAGGGACUAAUGCUGAAGUUGAGGUCUAUAGUUUGAGUACUGGUGUAUGGAAAACAGUUAACUCGAAGGGAAUCAAUGGUAAACUGGUUAAGUAUUUCUACACUACUACCUAUUUAAAUGGGGCUAUUCAUUGGGUUUCUUAUCGCAAGAAAAAAAAUGGAAAAUUUACUAAUAGCCUGUUGGUUUUUGACCUAAGUGAUGAGACAUUUAGUGAAAUGGGUCUGCCACGUUGGCUAGUGCAUGUUUCUCCUUCGGUUUUGUCUGUAAGCUUAUGUGGGGAUCGCAUUUCCGUGUUUCAGUACAGAAAGAGUUGUGAAGUAACGCUUGAAAGUUGUGUUGUUUCUGUUAUGAACCAGUAUGGAAACAAGAAGUCUUGGAGGAAAAUAUAUACUGCGAUGUUCAAGUCUGAGUUUGAAUAUAGUUUUGCGUUCGUGGUAAGUUCUGAAGACAAUUAUUGGAAUCCGUUACGUAAUUUUGGUGGGGUUCUUUUUUAUGAUCCCGAGAAGAAGGAAUUUAAAGACGGUGAGAAGGACCCAUUUUUCUUGAGCAGCUAUAUUGAGAGUCUUGUCUUGCUUGAUAGAAGCAGUGGGUCUAUAGCUGAUUCAUCUAAUUCUCGUGAGCCAACUGGGGUAAAGCCUCAAUGA